AUGCCCUUCACCUUCGACCCCGAGGUCGACUAUGCACCCGCGCCCUCGCCGCCAACGUCCGCAGCCCACAUGGGGCCAUCUUGGAACGCCGUAUGGCGUAUCGCCAUCUCCAACCCCGACAAGGUGGCCGCCUUGGCCGAGGCCAAGGGCAUGAUCAAGGAGAAGCUCCGGUGGGAGAGAGCGGUUGCGGCGGAGAAGAGGGAGAGGAUGAGGGUGGGGGUUUCGGCCUGGAAGCUCGCCCGGGAGCUGGAUGAGUGGAAGCCGGUCUUCGGACAGUAG